AUGGAUAAGUACAAGUACCGGAUAGAGAUCCAACAAAUGAUGUUCGUUUCUGGCGAAAAUAGUGACCCCCCAGUGGAAACUACAUGUCUCAUUGAAGAUAUAGUUCGUGGUCAGGUAAUUGAGAUCCUGCUUCAAUCGACCAAGACGGCGCAUGCGCGAGGAAGCAAAAGUAUCAUGCCCGAAGACGUCAUCUUUUUGAUUCGUCACGAUAGAGCUAAGGUCAAUAGACUGCGAACUUAUCUCUCAUGGAAAGAUUUGCGUAAAAAUGCUAAAGAUCAAGACGCUAACGCUGCCGCUGGCGGUAACGCUGGAGGCGGGGCAGACGGAGCCGACGGAGCUGUUGAAGAUGACGACAAAAAGGGUGACAAGGACGGUGGAAACAUGAUGCGAGUUAAAAAAUCACAGAUUAAGCUACCCUGGGAGCUGCAAUUCAUGUUUAACGAGCAACCUUUGGAGAUGAACGAAGAUGCAGACGACUUGGACGAAGACGAACGAGAGGCCAACGUGGCAACUCUCAAACGGCUCAAAAUGGCCGAUGAUCGAACCAGAGAUAUGACCAAAGAAGAAUAUGUGCACUGGUCCGAUUGUCGGCAGGCCAGUUUUACCUUUAGGAAAGGUAAACGUUUCAAAGAUUGGUCAGGAAUUACACAGCUCACGGAAGGCAAGCCUCAUGACGAUGUUAUCGAUAUCUUAGGUUUUCUUACCUUUGAAAUAGUGUGUGCUUUGACGGAAACAGCGCUCAAAUUUAAAAAGCGAGAUGAACUUCUGCAAACAAAGCGGGACAAGUCGCAGAAAGCACAACUUGAUGUGGUUGUGGAAGUCACCAGAGAACGUAAAAAGCGCCUGUUUGAUGGUCCCGAUAAUGUGGUCAAUCCUUUGAAGCCAAAGCACGUGGAAGAGGCAUGGCGAGCUUUACAGGCUAUUGACAUGAAGCAUCGUGCAUUAACAAACUUCAAAGGCGGAAGGCUCAGCUCGCGGCCGGCUAUUAUGUAG